CGCUCCUGUCCGCCGAUGUCACCCGGGGGGGGGGGCUGUGCCGCGCCGAGCCCCGGCCCCCAAAACGAACUGCCCCGACCCCCCGCGCACAACGCGGACCGCCGCCCGCAGCCUCCGCUCCCCCUCCCCGCGGUGGGGGCGGACGGUGGCGGCGGGGCCGCCCUCGGGGCUCCCCCCGGAGGCGGAAACCGGGGCCGGUCCCGUCCCGCAGCGCUCCCGGCUGCCAUUUUAAGGGCCACCAUGUUCAGCAAGAAGUCCUACGACGGCCCCCCCGCGGGGUACGGCCCCCCCACGGGGUACGGCGCCCCCACGGCUGAUUACGGCUACGGGUCUCCGCCGCCGGGCUCCUACUACGUGGACGACGCUCCGCAGCUCUUCUACAAGUGGACGUCGCCGCCCGGCGCGGUGCGGGGGCUGCAGGCGGGGGUCCUCGUGCUGUGCAUCGCCAUCUUCGCCUGCGUCGCUUCCACGCUCGCCUGGGAUUACGGCUACGGCCUGGGGGGGGCGUACGGCACCGGGCUGGGGGGGUUCUACGGCUCCAACUACUACGGCAGCGGGCUGAGCUACAGCUACGGCUACGGGGGCUACUACGGAGGGGUGAACCAGCGCACGGCCAACGGCUUCAUGAUCGCCAUGGCCGUGCUGUGCUUCCUGGCCCAGCUGGGGCUGCUGGUGGCGGCGCUCAGCAAAUCCGGGGCCACGCGCUCGCGGCGCUUCUACCUGGCCGUGCUGGUGCUGAGCGCCGUGCUGGCCUUCGUCAUGCUCAUCGCCUCCAUCGUCUACAUCAUGGGCGUCAACCCGCAGGCGCAGAUGUCCAGCGGUUACUACUACAGCCCCUUGUUGGCCAUGUGCAGCCAGGCCUACGGCAGCACCUACCUCAACCAGUACAUCUACCACUACUGCACCGUGGACCCCCAGGAGGCUGUGGCUGCUGUCUGUGGGUUCCUCAUCGUCAUCCUGCUCUGCCUCAUCUGCUUCUUCGCCCAGAAGACGCGCAGUAAGAUCUGGCGCUACGGCAAAGCCAACAUCUACUGGGACCGCGCGCCCGUGGUGCAGGAGGGGCCUGACGUGGAGGAGUGGGUGAAGAACGUGGCGGAUGGGGCUAGCGUGCAGGACGAGACGGCCACGCUCGCCUACUCGGAGAAGCCCACCAGCCCUGUCGCCGCCCCCCCCUACAGCUACGUGCCCCCCCCCAGCGCUGGGUACUACCCCUCGGGCACCUACAGCAGCCGGGGCGACCAGCCGGACCGGGCCCUCAGUGCCAGCCCUGUGCAUGGGGAGGAGGAGGAGGAGAAGGGGAAGGAUCAGCCCAGCAGACCGCCCGCCCGCCGGGGCCGCCGCCGCCGCCGUAACCCCGAGUUGGAUGAGUCCCAGUAUGAGACCGACUACACCACGGCCGUGGAGUCCAGUGAUGAGCGGGACCAGGAGCAGUGGGCCAGUCUGUACCCCCCCAUCACGUCGGACGGCGCCCGCCAGCGCUACAAGCAGGAGUUCGACACCGACCUGAAGCGCUACAAGCAGCUCUGUGCUGAGAUGGACAGCAUCAACGACCGCCUCAAUCAGCUCAGCCGACGGCUCGACAGCAUCACGGAGGACAGCCCUCAAUACCAGGAUGUGGCAGAGGAGUACAAUCAGCUCAAAGACCUGAAGCGGAGCCCAGACUACCAAAGCAAGAAGCAGGAGAGCAAAGUGCUGCGCAACAAGCUCUUCCACAUCAAGCGCAUGGUGAGCGCCUACGACAAGGUGCGGGGGUAACCAGCACCAGCAGGAGGGGGGGGCACCCCCACCCCCCCACCCAAAGACUGUUGUGCAUUUUGUACCUUCUUCUUAAAAGAAAAAACACAACCAAACACAUCCACCCCCCCCCCAAAGGGGUCACCCCCCCCAACCCCCCCUUAACCCCUCCCACUCCAUCCACUGUGAAUGCACCCACUGAGUGCUGGGGGCUGUCCCGUCCCCCCCUGUGCUGUUAUUAUGGCAGUGGGGGGGGGGGGGGAGCUGUGUAAGGCCCAUACCUCUGAGAAGGGCUGGGGUCUGCAACAGCAUCACAGCCCCCCUGGCACUGUGGGUACCAGAAUGGUACCCUGAGCACACAGCCCAAGGUGGGGGGGGAGCAUCCCUUGGGAUGGGGGGGGGGGGCAGUGCCUUUGGGGGAGAGGGGGGGUCAGGGCUUUUUGGGAAGGCAUUUUGUAAGGCUGAAGCUGUGUAAUAUUUUUUUCUAAGUAAUAAUAAAUGAAGUGUAUCUAUUGAUUUUCAA